AUGACAUACUGCGAUGUGUCUGUAUUGUUUGAGGGAUCCUACUCAGCGCACAAGAUGAAGGGCCUGCCGAAAGCAAUUUCUGCUUUUCAAUGUGCGGCGCAAGUGGGGCGUGAAGCUAUUGCGUGUAUAAUUCACAACCUUCCAGAUCAUCUGCUGACUGCGGAGGAUAUGGCUCUGAUGGAGGACUUACGGUAUGCCUUUUCUCGUUACUAUGCCUAA